UGAUCAACAACGUGAAAUACUGUGUGGGAGAUAACUUAAUUGUAGAUGUGGAUGAGGACAUCCCAAUCUUUAUAAAGAUUCUGAAGAUUUUGCAGUUCAGGGGUGCUUGGUUGAUCUUUGGCAAGCUGCGGAUACCAAAAACAUUUGAAAGACAUUACCAUGCUUUCAAAUUGGAGGACCAGAAGGAGUGGAUUCUGGUGCAGCCAGGGGAAGAAAAAGAAUUUCAUCCUCUUGACACAUAUGUGCAUGAUGAUACUAAGUACAUUACAUUAUAUCACAGCGUGCACUCUUCUGGGUAAAUAUAUUGUAUGUCUGUGGUAUCUCUUAUUUUUUAAUUAUUUCUUCUUUGGAAUAUAAAAUAAUAGUUUUUUUUACAGAGCAGCAAAUUGAUGGGGAGACUCUGCUGGGUCUCACAGAAAGGAUGGUGGAGAGACUUUUUCCUGUAAUGAAACAUCAGGUGACAUUCAUGAAGGAGCUGAAUAAGUUAAAAAAGUAAGUCUGUGUUGUUGAAUAUUGAACAUUGUUGUUAAAUAUAAAAAAAUGUAUGCUAACAACUUAAUUUUUUUUUUCUUCAAACAACCUGGAAACUGAAGUGCCUAAAAUAUCUUGCACUCAGUAUGUAUCAUUGUUUUGAAGUCCAAACAGACUGUAUUGUGGCAAGUAAAAUGAAUAUCCUGUAUAAAAGACUUCAACAUUGUAUUCAUGUUUACAGACAAGAACUUUGUGACCCAUUUUUUGCACAACCUUGGCCAGCAGUAUACAACCUGCCUGUCUUUCCCCCUGAAUUGCAAGCAGCUUUGCAGAGGAAGGAUCCAGGCUUUAAGAAGAAAGACAAGUCUCACAUUCGUGCAUUGCUAGUUCAAGUAUUGUUCGACAGCAUCACCAAGCACACCUGGUACCCAUUUAUGGAGAUGUUCUGGGGAGUUUGAUAACCCGCUUUCCAUUUUUGAAGGAUGGCAGCUCCUCUGGUUAUGUAUGCACAUAUUGCUGCUCUUUUUUUUUACUGUGAAAAUAUUGAGGUCACUGCUCAUUGAAAAAUCUCACACAGAAGAAAAUUUUUACAUGAAAAUAUAUGUCUACAGGAUAGCUUGUUGGAAUGCCUUAGAAACAAAUUUAAAAAAGAAAGGAUUCCCUUGGUUAGUUCAUCAAUCGUCCUGAAAAUGAAGGAGAAGUAUGGGAUCAAAAGGAAGUGUGACGGACAAACAGACUCUGAGGGAUUUAGUCAACAGCAAAAGGCAAGUUCAGUUCAAUAAAUUUGAUGUGGAAAAGCAGACAAAAUUUGUCUUAACAUGAAACAAGUGUUGACUUUAUUAUUUCAGAAUGCAAAAUGUAGAAGAGAACCAUUGGAUAUAAUGGCAUAUAAUGAUUCUGCUUGUUCAGAGGAGAUCGUGUUGGACCUGGAAGUAAUAGGUGAGGAUGAGACAAGUUUCCAGGAACACAUUAAUGCCGUCACCCUAGAGUUGCGUAAAAGCAACCCCAGUUACUCUGAGGUCAAGAACCGGAUGAAGCGCACUCUUUUCCAAAGAGUACAGAUUAUGGAGAGGCCUGCUGCUGAAGUAAUGGAGCAGUUUCCUUUUCUUGGAGUGCCACAGCUUAUGCUGCAUGAAAUGACAAUGAGGUUUGGAACAGACUUGGCAAAGAACAUGGAAACAUCUCUAAAUGAAAUGGCCCCAAACAUCAUCAGGAGUGCAAAAGAAGGAAGUCAAAGGAAACUCUAUGUCAAUCUCAUUGGACCAGCAGAGGAAACCACAGAAGGUCUUGUUAGGAGUGCUGCACUCAUUUUAUUGCCAGCAUUAUUUAAAGAAAACGCCAGCUUCCUCUACAGUGUAAAUAGUGAACCCAAAGGUCCUACACCAACCAUAGUGUUUAACGGCUCUCCUGAUCCCCUCAAAGCUGAAAGUGUCAGCAUUAUAAUGGACAACGUGAACAUCAUAAGAGAGGCAGACAUUGACAUGACACAGGCUGUGGAAUGCCUGUUUGCGGUCUAUUUUCUUUUCAAUGUUCAAUACCCAGUUGCCAUUAAGAACACAAUGACUUUUAUUCAAAAAUAUUUGCUCAAACUUAAGUCUCGUCACGACAUAAGAACACCAAUACCUGUACUAAAAAUGUACAAUCAACUUGUGUAAAUUGUAGUGCUAUUUAAUAGAUGUUUUAAUUGUUUAAUUGAAUUGUUUUUAUCUGCAUUGUGAUUAUUUUCCUCAUUUCAGAGAUGCAUAUAUGUACAUACAGAACUUGAACAAGCUUAUGUUCGUUUAUAAAAAAAGUGAAAAUGCUUAAUGGAAAUAAUUUAAACAAAAUGGUUGAAUGCAAUGUAAUUAAAGUGUAAAGUUUAGCUGUUUA